AUUGGAAGUUACCCUGUCGCUUUCGUAGGUAAAGUUUACAUCGUCAAUGCAAGUUGCAGCUGGGCGUAGACGGCUACGAUUUUCGACAGCGAUCGUUUGUUAUCGAACAAUAUUUGCUGUUUGAAUGGCUGGUUGGUUUUUUAGUUGAUACACAUCAUUCAUAAGUGGAAAUAUAUUCUUAUUCUGAAGCUGUCAGAACUGGUACACUCAGGUCACUAUGGCAACUGGGCCAGGCACUACAACAGUCCCCCCUGAGUCAGACAUAUUUGAUUUGCCAAAAUCAAGCAAUCCAACAAAAAAGUCAUGGACAGAAUUGAGAACUGCAGUUAGAAACACAAGGCGCAUGCAGACAUCAUUUGCAAACAAGGUGCCUUCAGAAUUUGCUUUCCGGACUAUACAGACUGAGAAUGCUUCAUUUUCGCGAUUGUAUUUUCUUGGUGUUUACUCCACGGGAAGGGAAAAUACAUUGCUGUACACGGACAUAACAGACCACGGUUGCAUGGAUACGGAUGUUGUGCUUCCUUGGCAGCCUAUGCUGGAAUCGUUUCAGGCGACGCCACAUCUUGGAUUGUUUUCAAAAGAAGAACAGUUGUUGCGAGAAAGAAAACGUCUUGGUGCUUUCGGAAUAACAUCGUAUGACCUUGAUCUCAGUAGUGGUCGAUUUCUAUUUCCUGCUUGUAGUAGUUUAUUUACAUUUACAGAUUCAUCACUUAAUCUACCUGUAUUUCCAGAUGAAAUCAGUAACCACUGUAAUGGUUCUAGGAUGGAUGCCAAACUAUGUCCAAGUAAUAAUAACAUUGUAGCGUUUAUUAAUAAUAGUGACAUAUGGGUUGCUAAUGUGGAGCGUGGAGAAUCAAAAAGACUUACAUUUGUACAUAAAGGUCAAUGUUCUUUAUCAGAAGAUCCUAAAAGCGCUGGUGUCGCCUCGUACAUUGUACAAGAAGAGUUUGAUCGUUAUACUGGUUACUGGUGGCAACCGCAAAUGACAAACAACAGUGACGGAUCACAGACGAUUCAGAUUCUUUAUGAGGAAGUUGACGAAAGUGGAGUUGAGAUUUUACAUAUUAGUUCCCCAGCUAGCGGUGACAAAGAUGUAGAUGAAUACCGAUAUCCUCGAGCUGGGACUGCAAAUGCAGAUUGCUUAUUGAAACUAAUAGAAGUAAAAAUAGAACAGAAUGGCAAAAUUGGUACCGUCAUAGAUAAAUAUUUAUCUGAAUCCCUGAAUAGUCUGUAUCCAUGGUUGGAGUAUACUGUGAGAUGUGGUUGGACUCCUGAUGGUAACAAUGUGUGGGCUCAAUUAUUAAGCCGAAACCAACAGAGGCUAGUAUUAGUCUUGAUACCAUUGAAUUUUUUUGUACCAGUUGAUUUGGAUGUAGAGAUGAAAGCACCACAUGCUGAGGAAACCAGCAUCAAAAUACUAUUUGAAGAGGAGUCUAACGUGUGGCUCAAUGUACAUGAUGUGAUGCAUUUCUUUCCGCAAACCAGUGCGAGUGAGAUCAGUUUCAUCUGGGCAAGUGAAAAGACAGGAUAUAGGCAUCUCUAUUACAUUACAUCAUCGUUACAGUCGUCUGACAAUUUGACGUCUGAUUCGCUCUUAGAUACGAGUCAUUGUAAUCAACCAAAGGUGUUAAAAUGUCUGCCUCUCACAUCGGGUAACUCAUCAGUAGGUGGUAAACAGAUAUGGGUAGAUGAAGUAAAACAUUUAGUCUACUAUAUUGGUUUACAUGAUACACCAUUGGAAGAGCAUUUGUACGUAGUGUCUUAUAUAAAUCCCACAAAACCUAUAAGAUUAACAGAGUUAGGAUAUUCCCAUAACAUUGCUAUGAGUAAGAAUUGCGAUUUAUUCGUCAGUGUGUUUAGUAGUAUUGCAUUGCCACCAGCAGCUAAGGUAUACAAACUAAGAAUAGAUGAUACUGAAUCAAGUGAACCGUUAGCAUGUCUUGUCGGCACACUGCUAUCAGAACCUACAGGUUUAUAUAAUCAAUACCAACCUCCAGAACUAUUUACAUAUGAGAGUGAGAUGAGUAAAUAUUGCAUGCAUGGAAUGGUGUACAAACCACAUCAUCUUGUCGCUGGAAAGCGGUAUCCUACUGUGGUGUUUGUGUACGGUGGGCCACAGGUACAGUUAGUGUCAAAUUCAUAUAAAGGAGUCAAGUUGCUACGGUUACAUACAUUGGCCUCGCUGGGUUACGCGGUGGUCGUCAUCGAUGGAAGGGGAUCUUGUAAUCGCGGUUUGGAUUUUGAAGCUGGGCUGAAGCACAGUAUGGGUACAGUUGAGAUAGAUGACCAAGUGGAGGGUUUACAGUGGAUAGCUAAUAACACAGAUUUUAUAGAUUUGAAUAGAGUAGCCAUACAUGGAUGGUCCUAUGGUGGAUAUCUGUCUUUAAUGGGAUUGGCACAGAGACCAGAUGUCUUCAAGGUAGCAAUUGCUGGUGCCCCUGUGACAUCAUGGCAUAUAUAUGAUACUGGAUAUACAGAGAAAUACAUGAACACACCAGACGCAAACUCACAGGGAUAUAAACAAGGAUCCGUAUUACAGUAUGUCAAUAAUUUCCCAAAUGAGUAA